AUGUCUCGGGCAGACCCUUUCCUUGCUAAGCCAUACCAGCUUCAAAUGGAUAAUAGAACCGCCUCUUCCAGCAUAGACAAGGAACCUGAUGCUGUUCAAGUCACAAAAUCUACAGAAGGAAUCACUACAAUCACGAUAAACCGUUCGCACCGCCGAAAUGCCAUCGACGGCCCGACUGGCAGAAAGUUGACUGAUGCAUUCCUAGAAUUUGAAAACGAUGAUGACCAAAAAGUUUGUGUUUUCUACGGCGCCAAUGGGACAUUCUGCGCUGGAUUUGACUUGCAUGAGGUUGCAAAGUUUGGGGAGCACGAAGCUGGCGAAUAUACCGGCCCUCGAAUAGGCCAAUCCGAACGUGUCGAGGGCCGCAAUAUUGGGCCGAUCGGACCGUCUAGGAUGCAAAUUCGCAAGCCGGUUAUCAGCGCUGUGUCCGGAUAUGCUGUCGCCGGUGGGCUCGAGCUGAGUUUGCUCGGAGACAUGCGUGUUGCUGAGGAGGAUGCUAUCUUUGGUGUGUACUCUCGACGCUGGGGGGUACCUCUCAUCGACGGUGGAACGGUCCGUCUUCAAGCUAUUGUUGGCCUUGGUCGAGCUAUGGAUAUGAUUCUGACAGGCAGGGGGGUUGGAGCGCAAGAGGCUCUCAUGAUGGGUUUGGUCAAUCGAAUCGUUCCCAAGGGUAAGGCGCUUGAAGAGGCAACCAAGAUAUCACUACAGCUUGUGAAAUUUCCACAAGGCAGCAUGAAUUCUGAUCGCACCUCAUGUUAUUAUGCUGUCUACAAUGCUAGUUCUUUCGAGGAUGCACUGCGUUUCGAAUACGACAAUGGGAUCAAAGUUAUUAGUUUGGAGAGUGUCGAGGGAGCUGCGAGGUUCAGUGCUGGAGCUGGCCGGCAUGGCUUGAUCAUGACGUUCGGAUGCAGCUUCUCCAAUAUGCCUUGCGCUCCUCGAUCUGCGCGUCCCUUUGUGAGACUUCUUAUCUCUACAUCCUCAAGCUUCAAGAUACUGCGUUGUGCUAACGGCCAACCGACCUCAGCUAAAUUCCAACGGUGUAGCGUCACCCGUCCGCCGUCUUUAACCAAGAGCUUCUUGAAACGUGUGUAUGAGGAUGCCGCGGCCGCAGGUUCACGGAAACGCAACGCCACAGAAUACAUCAAUGGGCGUCUCGAAAGGUUUGAGCGUAUCCUUGCCCAGCAUGGCCUCGCCACGGAGAAGAUGACACAACCAGUAUUGAGACCGGUCACCACCGCAGACGCAGAGACUGCAGCGUCGACAGGCAGACUCAUCCUGGAUGGGAGCAAUUCGCGAUACAUUAACAGCAAUCUGUGGUGUGAUGUUGAGAAUCAUGGUCUUGGCGAAUUAGUCGAAGUGGAUAUCUUUGGCGCGGCAGGUGAUUUCUCCGACAUGACUCCUACUUUCCCUCAGUCUCGCUUUCACGCGGGCUCUUGGGCACUCCCUAGAACCUUCUGGAGUAUCAUCCAUCCGCCACGGACGACACGUGACUCUGGGAGAUAUAUGCGAAGAACGUGA